AUGACAGACGUGCGCUCGCCGGACCGCACGGAUAUCAUCCGCCGGGAGCACGGCCAUUUGCCCCUCCGCGAAGCCGUGGAUGCCUUGGACGCUUUGCAGUUCUCAACGGCGUCCUUCCUUAGGAGCUCCAGCAAGAGCCUCAAGAAGAGGGAGCAGUUGAAGCAGUACUGCGCGGCACAGGAAGCGAAGCCACUGGUUGAGAUGUCGGAGGACACUGUCGUGCAUCAGCUGCAGAGGCUGAUGAGUGGCUUGAAGCUUCUUGGCGUUCAGGCGCCUCCGCAGGGCGUGGAGCCAUCAUUGCCGAAGGAGUGGACGGAUGCCCCGGAGGAGGGCUGGCAGCAGGUGGCUUCUGAGGAGAAGGCCAAGGGCAGCGAGGCCUUCAAGCAGAAGAACUACCAAGGCGCUGUGGAGCACUACAGCAAGGCCAUCCAGGUCUCAGCCGACCCGGACGUAGCGCUGUUCUCCAACCGCUGCGCCGCGCGGCUGCUGCUGGGCCUUCCUUCGGAGGCGCUGCAGGAUGCGCUGCGAAGCGUCCAACUGGGGCCCCAGUGGCCCAAAGGCUUUUUUCGCCUGGGCUGCUGCUGGCGGCAGCUGGGGCACCUGGAGCAAGCGCUGGUGGCCUUUGCCACUGGCCAGAAGCUGGAGCCAGAGAACAAGGACUGGCAAAAAGAGCUGGAGAAGACAGAGAAGAUGCAGCAAGCAGAACCCUUCCAGCAGGUGCGGCAACUGCUGCAGCACUUGCUGCCAGACAUUUUGGCAGCCUGGCUGCGAGCUGCAUCUCCCACUUCAGUGCUGCAGCUGCAGGUGAACGGCUCCUUUCAGCAGCUGGCAACCUGCAAGUGGCGCCACUUGCAGGAGGGCACAACUCCGCCAAAAGCGCAGAUCCGCUACGCAGUGCUGGAUCAGAAGGCAUACUUGGCCAACCUGGCCGCAAACCUUCAGAGCUCCUCAGCGGAGGGCUUCGCGAUUUGUGACCUUGCGGGCAAGGCUUUAAGCAUCCCUGACAUCAGCAAGUUCACAUCCGAAGCCGGUGCAGUAGUGCAUGUUGACGUCAAGGAUGACCGAGAUGGAAAGAUGAAAGCAAUCAUCGCCUCCGUCCCUUUGGAGGAGGGGCUAAAGCGCUUCAUCAGCAAGCCCAAAGACCCUGAUCCACCAAAAGCAUCCGUGGAGAGUGUGCUCACGAUCCAAAGGCGGAGCGGUUUUCCAAGGACUUUGCCUAGAUACAUAGGCUUUCAGAUGUUUCCCGGAGAUCUCAAUUUUCCUGUGAUUGAUCUCUUGAGAGAUGCACCAGCCUUGGCCGACGCAUAG